AUGCCUGGUGCUAGUCUCUUUAAUCAGCAGCAACAACAGCAGCAGCAGCAGCAGAUGGUGCAGCUACAGCAGCAGCAGCAGCAGCAGCAGCAAAAGCUUGCAAAAGGACGAUCUGUAUUAGGGGAGAUAUGCUGCUGGCUAGUAUCUAGACAAAUAACCCAUGAAUGUCUGCAGCAGCGGCUGCUGUGCAUGCAGAGCGCAUGCAAUGUAUGGAGACAAUCAGCAUUUAAUAUAUUAAAGGAGACAUAUUUAUUAUUAGGGACAGAUAAAGUGUCUCCUCUAAUACAGCAUGCAUUAGCUGUAUUCCUUGAGCCAUUAGAUUUUACUGUCUCCUCUACUGUCCCCUUUAAUGCCCCUCUUAGUCUCCGUCUCCGUCAGAUGGCGCUGCAGCAUGCAGAUCUAAUUCAUGCAGCAGAGGAAGCAGCAGCAAAAAAAGAAGCAGAAGAAGAAAAAGCAGCAGCAGCAGCAGCAGCAGCAGGAACAGCAGGAACAGCAGCAGCAGCGGGGAGGACUCGUAGGUUGAGGCCGCAACAGCUUAUUGAUAAACUUAUCUAUCAACUAGAGGAAGAAGAAGCAGCAGCAAGGAGACAAGCAGCAGCAGCAGCAACCAGCAGCAGCAGCAGCAGGGAGACAGAUGGAGACGCUCUGCGCUUUGAGGGACUAGAGGCAGAGAUAGAAGGAGAAGAGGAGCAAGAGCAAGAAGAAGAACAGGAGCAAGAGCAAGAGAUAGAGCAAGAGAAGCAAGAGGAGACAGUAAAGGAGACAGAAGAAGCAGCAGCAUUAAAUUAUACAAGAACAGAGGAGACACCUCGUCCUUGGUUACUUGCCUCCCUGUCUCUUCCCCCUAAUGAGGAGACACAAGGAUUUUAUCCAUCUAGUAGGUUCUCUGUUGCUCCUGCACUGCAGCAGAAGCUAGCCCGCUUGCAGCAGCAAAAAGGUACAGGUGCAGCAGCAACAGCAGCAGCAGCAGCUGCAGCAGCUGCUGCUGCUGUAACAGGCACAACUGUCUCCGCUGCUGCAUCAGGUCUCCCCUUCCCCCCCUAUCUCCUUUUUAGUAGUAAUUACUUUAAGGGGGAAUGGACUGUCUCCUCUGCCCCAAGGAGACUCAAGAAUAUUAUUCUUGUUAUGCAGUGGCUGCCUGAUUGGGACAGCAGCAACAGCAGCAGCAACAGCAGCAGCAGCAGGAGACAGCAGCAGCAAAGAAAAGGACAGCAGCAGCAGCAGCAAGGAUUGCUGCUUGAUGAGGGACUGCUGCAGCAAGCAUUUAAAUGUUUUACUCAUGGAGACACGGAGACACUUGCAGAGAGAGACUUACCUGAUUUCCUUGCUGCGCUGCUGCUGCCUGCUGCUGUCCCUGGUGCUGUAGGGGCCCUUUGUUCUUAUGUUAAGUCUCUUGUCCUGCAGCAACGAGCAGCAACAGCAGCAGCUGCAGCAGCUGCAGCAAAAACAACAACUUACCCAUACAGAGACACCCCAGCACUGCCACAACCAUCAGCUGCAUGCACGCAGCCAUCUCCUGCUGCUGCUGCUCACCUGCGGCAGCAACAGCAGCAGCAGCAGCAGCUAUCUGUGCUGCAAAACCUGUGGCAGCCGCCUACUCCCUCUCCAGCUCCUCUGCAGCAACAGCAGCAGCAGCAACAGCAGCAGCAGCAGCAGGAUGCAGCUGAUCCUUUUGCAGAAUUGUUUGGGUCUCUGUCUAGAGGAGACAGUAAGAGGAGCAACGGAGGAGACACUUUCUCCUUGUCUCCUCCUGUCUCCUCUUCUCCUCCUUCUCUCCCUAGGGGGCAAAGCGACCUCCUAGGCCUCUUUGAUGUCUCGCCUCAGCAGCAGCAGCAGCAACAGCAACAGCAGCAGCAGCAUAUGUUGUCUUCCUCUCUUUCUUUCCCUUCCUCUACACAACAACAACCUUUCUCUCCUUUCCCAUCCCAAGUGUCUCCACAGCAGCAGCAGCAACAGCAGCAGCUGCAGCAGCAGCAGCAGCAGGAGAUGCAGUUUACGUUACCUGAAUUAUCUGCUGCUCUUUGUAGGUCUCCUUUCUGUGGUGAGCAAAGGGGACGUUAUUUUGUUGUAUUAACCUUAGCAGAAGGAGAGGCAGUAAGAGCAGCACUGCAUGCACGCCAACGGCAGCAGCAGCAGCAGCAGCAGGAGGGUCAGACAGACCAGCAGCAGCAGCAGCAGCAGCAGCUGGUGUCUCUUGUCCCUGGCCACCGUGUUGCAGUGUGUCUGCAUAAUGUUACGUCACGUUUCUCUGUUAUUGAUGGGUCUCCUUUAUUCUUACGUAAAGAGGAGACAGUUGCUGCAGCAGCAGGACUGCAGCAGCAGACAGCGCAUGCAUGUCUGCGCUUUAUAGAUAGCCAGACCUAUUACUCAGAGUCGCAUCUGCUGCUGCUGCAGCGGGUACUGUCAGGUGUCUCCUGCAAGGAGAGACAGGACUUCUUCUUCUCUAUUCGUUGCUGCAGGAGACGGCAGCAGCAAAUAGUAUGGCAGCAGCUACCUAUCUCCUUGCUGCUGUCUGCAGCAGGCGGAGGUGCGCUGCUGCUGCAGCAUAAGGCAUUUGUCUCCCGUCUCCGUGAGAGACUACGUAAGAAGCAACUGUCUCCUAAUGAGGCCUUCUGUCUCUUUGAUGUCCUUAAUAAGGGACACUUAACGCAUGCACAGUUUGCUGCUGGCAUUAAAUGGUUGGGGCUGCAGCUGCCGCAGCAGCAGCAGCAGCAGCAAGACAUCUGCAGCAGAUUUGAUCUAGAUGGUGAUGGAUUCAUCAGUCUUAAUGAUUUCUUAUUGACGGUUGUACAAACAGAAGGAGGAGACACACCAGCAGCAGCAGCAGCAGCAGCAGCAGCAGCAGCAGGUGGUGGUGCUAACAGCGCAGCAGCAGCAGGAGCAGCAGAGGGGAGAUCUGCUGCUCUUGGGCCUCUUGCGUUGCGUAACGAUUCCUUUGAUAGCACAACAGCUUCUUCUUCAUCAUCAUCUGCAGCAGCAACUGCUGCUGCUGCUGCUGCUGCUGCACUAUCAGCAGAUGCAGCAACAGCAGCAGCAAGUAAGCAGUCUCUGCUGCAGCAAUGGGGAAUAAAGGAGACACUUCCUGAGUCUCUUCUGUCUCGUCUUAAGUUCCGUCUGCAACCCCACACCUCCUUCGAGCGUGUAUGGAUAGGCCGUCUCCCUUGUGCAGACUGCAGCAGCAGCAGCAGCAGCAGCAGCAGCAGCAGCAGCGAAAUAUUUUCUAUAUGGGCACCUAAGCAGCUAGCAGCAAAACAUAGGGGGAUGAUGAGACGCAACAGGGAGAGAAUUUCUUUAGGUUAUUAUCUAUGUCCUGGUGGGGAUAUAACGAAGCAGCAGCAGCAGCAGCAGCAGCAGCAAAUAGGAGGAGGAGGUGCAGGAGGAGGAGCAGCAGCAGCAGCAGCAAGCUUUGUACCUUUAGUACUAGAGGCAGCAGAUACAGGGGCCUCCUCUAUGGCGGAGAGCACAGAGCUAACAAAGGCAAUAGAUUGUCUCUUUCCUCCCCCUAUUACCUAUAAAGUUAUAUAUAAGGAGACAGUCUCCAAGGCCCUCUUACUAAUUAAUUCAUUAGAGGGUCCCUUAUCCACUACCAGCAGCAGCAGCAGCAGUAGCAGCAGCAGCAGUAGUAGUAGUAGUAGUAAAGGGGGAGCACAACAACAUAAUGGGGGGCCCCUCACCUUAUGGGCCCCUGUACCCCCUUCUCCCCUAUUUAGUGCUAUAGGUAUUGUUGCUACUAGGGGCCCCGACCUCCCCCCCCCUGAUGCUAUUCGUUGUGUCCCCUCUAAGUGGCUAAGACAGACAAGUGUCUCCUUUAAGUUAGUAGAGAUAGAUGGGCUAGCGGGGGCCCCCGGGGGGGCCCCUGGAG